CCUCUCCCUCUCUUCUCUUUCUUCUCUACAGCACCAGCAAAGAAAAUGGGCAAACCACGCAAGCCACUUCCACGGAUGCGCUGUUUGCGACGCCUCCCUUCCGCUCCCUUUCUUGCCUUGUCCCUUUAUUACUACCAGACUAAUCAAUGACUUGAAGCUAAUCGGACAAUACAGGUCAGGCGAUAGCAUGAGCAUCCAAACUAACCAACAACGAAAUUUUCUCCAGUAAUUGUACCGAACCUCCUUCUAUCCUAGACUUCUAAGAGCGAUACUGUAUCGAUAUGGCAAACCCAAAGGCUGGACCACCGAAGGGACCACCGAAAGUGGGAGACGAUGCUACUGCCUACGGGUUAUCCAAUUCGGUUCUGCAGAAUAUGCCUUGACGACGUGAUACCACGAUUCCGUUGGGUUCCUACAGGUCUCUCCAAGUACAUCUAUUCAUCCACAAUUCAGUGGGUUGAUUACGAUGGUGAGAAUGCUCGACCUCGUCGCCUGUUUCGACCAUGACGCUGCAUAGGUGGCUUAAGAUUCGUUCAUUAUAGUUGUUUGGAUGGGUGGAGAAAUCACCCAAAUAAUAUCGGGGGCACUAAUUAUUUCAGAUGCCAUGAAUGCGGAUACGAAUAUCGCAAGGCACGUAUGUUGUGGGGCAACUUCAUCAAAGGCAAAGCCAUCCAACUUUCCAUCGUAGCGUUGAUCAUGACCGGUUUGAUCUGUGCGAUGGGGUUCUUUGCAAGCCCGGUCAUCAAUCAAUGGCUUGAACCCCGGGACCUUGAGAAAUUGAUUGGGUCUGACAGCUCAUCACAAGUGAAAGCAUUGACUGGAACACCAGUGGAACAAAAUCUAGCAGAAAGCAGUUCUCUAGUAUUGCAUUUUAUUAAAGGAUUUGCUUCUUUGGGGGUCCUUGGGUUCCUUCGAGCGAUCAUGUGGCUGUCGCCCUUUCCCUGGUUCAAUUUACGUGCCGAUGCCCUCGCGGGGGGACGACAACGCCGCGUUCGAAACUCGACGACUUUCCAAUUGUAUUUGGUAUUGGUCGCAGGGUGGUUCGCUAUCUUGCAGGUAAGUUAGAUUCCCACUCAUAUGUAGGGAAAUCUACUGACUAUUUAGCCCACAUAUGUCUUCGUCAGAGAUCGGACCCAAGAAAGACUUGAAAUGCUCAGUGACAAAAUCAUCGACGUCCAAGGAUAUGAUAAUCCGUACGAAGGGUCAUACGACUAGGGUAAUCCAUUUUAUUAUAUGGAUCUAAAGCUAUGUUAGGACUACAUAAUAAUCUCCUCCCUCUUAGCAUUUCUCUUUUCCGAAUUGCACACUCUUAAGUUGCCACGAAGAUUCUCUCUCUAUGGCGUGUCAACUAGUCUGUGUGCAAAUAUUUACCGCUUGCUGGAGCCUCGAAAUAUGGGCGUCUUGUUCUAAUUUCAAGAAGGGUGGCCGCUCGCUCAAUCAAUACUUUUGUCGCCAUCCAGUAUUACUUGACGGUUUUCCUGAUACUUGUUCCUCUACUCGCUCGAGUUUUGCGCUUCCACAGGACUUGGAAGACAAUUGUUGUUGAUACAUUUCCUCAACGAGAGCCCAGUUGAAUUAUCUUAGAAGUCUCGGAAGAUUUGAAAGGAAAGCUACGAUUUGGAAAGAGCCCUGUGCCCUUGGGUUGAUCAUUGAUCGUCUCGGAUGUUGUUUCGUCUUUGCAGCUAGUGAGAUCCUCACUUUAUUGAUAAUUUGCAAGUCGAAGGUUAGUCAAUUCCAAUUGUAUCCCCUCAUAUUCCCUCCCCAAUAGCAUAUGAUGAACGAUCAAAGCUUUUUAACCCUUAAUGGAGAUCUGCUCCUUGAAGACCAAAAAAUACAACUCUAAUUUUUUCCUGAUUGCUAUUUUAUUGGACACUUGUUUGAGAACACUUUUUCUUCUUGAUCAUUUGCUAAUAUUCUCCUGUAGGACAUAUUCUUGUGAUCUCUUUUGGGCAGGAUGAUAUUAUGCGG